AUGACUCUGAAUACUCCACCUUUGACCCGUAGGACUGAAACACAGGUGGAGAUGGCAUUCUAUGUGUUCUUCCAGAGAUGGCCGCUGUCGGGCCCCGCUCUGACCUUCAGCCAGGGGCCGCUCUCGAGACGCCCACAGACGGAUGGGAAUCUCAUCGGCUUCGAUCGAGAGGAGAGCGACAGCGGCAGCGAUCCAUUAAUUACACGGUCUCCUGAUUACUCCGAGCAGAGAGACAUGUCCAAAGCCCCGGCCCCCCCCGGCCCGACCGGCUACACCCCCUCCCUACAGCCCGACGGAGCCGUGGGACUUACGGCACAAAAACCAGAGCUGUGCGCCUCGUCCCACCACUCGCACCCAGCGCCCCAGCCGCCCCCCGGCGCCGAGGGCCAAACUUUUUGUCCGACGGCGGAUAAUAAACUCGGGGAAGCCGAGACUACUAAAGUGUAUGGGACGUUUAAAAACGCGGCGCCGGCGGUGCCCGGCUCCGUGGCCUUCCGGAAGGACUCCUGCGGCUCCACCGGGGCUUUGCUCGGGGGCUCAACGUCAGCCUCCCAGGGCCGGGGGACGGCGGUCCAUUAUGGGGACCCGUUACGCAGCGACACGGAUCAAAACAGCGCGUCGAGCAACUGGACUGCGAUGAGCCAGACCACCAUCAUCCUGGGCACGGAUGGCAACACGUCUGUGCAGCCCGUGGCGUUGGCUAACAAUGAUGACGAUGAUGAAGAGGGGGAUGAGAAUAAGGAAAGAGGAAACUGGACCAAUAAGAUGGAUUUUAUUCUGUCCAUGGUGGGUUACGCGGUGGGCCUGGGGAACGUCUGGAGGUUCCCCUAUCUGGCCUUUCAGAAUGGUGGAGGUGCAUUUUUGAUACCCUAUUUGACUAUGCUGGGCAUUGCCGGGAUCCCCAUCUUUUUGAUGGAGGUUUCCCUCGGCCAGUUUGCCAGUCAGGGCCCCGUGUCAGUAUGGAAAGCCAUCCCGGCACUGCAAGGUUGCGGGAUUGCCAUGUUGAUAAUAUCUGUCUUGAUAGCCAUUUACUAUAAUAUUAUAAUGUGCUGGACACUGUACUACCUAUUCGCUUCGUUGAAGGGCUCACUGCCAUGGGCUAACUGUAGGAAUGACUGGAACACAGUGGAAUGUAAGGACAAAGACAUGCUCCUAUUAGACACCUGCAUCCUCCGCGACAGAAACUUUUCAUCCGUAAAGAACACUUCUUUCUGUCUGUCGGCUAACGCGGUCGGAAACCUGACUAAACUGCUCAACACCACCGUCGACCCCAACCAGACCUUUGUGAGCCCCAGCGAGGAGUACUUCAAAUACAACGUACUGCACAUUUCCAAAGGAAUUGAGUUUCCCGGUGACAUCCGCUGGGCCCUGGCCGGGUGCCUGUUCCUGGCCUGGGUUAUUGUCUACGCCUCUUUGGCUAAGGGAAUCAAGUCAUCCGGAAAGGUGGUGUACUUCACGGCCACCUUCCCCUACGUGGUUCUGGUCAUCCUGCUGAUCAGGGGCCUCACGCUCCCCGGGGCCGGCGACGGCAUCCUCUACUUCAUCACCCCCAAGUGGGAGAAGCUCAUCGACGCCAAGGUGUGGAAGGACGCUGCCACCCAGAUCUUCUUCUCCCUGUCGGCCGCGUGGGGAGGCCUUAUCACUCUCUCCUCCUACAACAAGUUCCACAACAACUGCUACCGGGACACUAUAAUAGUGACCUGUACAAACAGCGCCACCAGUAUAUUUGCCGGCUUCGUCAUCUUCUCAGUCAUAGGCUUCAUGGCGCACGAGCUGAAGGUGCCGAUAGAGAAGGUGGCGGACGAAGGCCCAGGCAUAGCGUUCGUGGUUUAUCCCGAGGCUCUGACCCGUCUGCCUCUCUCGCCGUUCUGGGCCAUCAUCUUCUUCCUCAUGCUGUUGACCCUCGGACUGGAUACCAUGUUUGCCACCAUCGAGACCAUCGUGACGUCUGUCUCCGACGAGUUCCCCAAAUACCUGCGUAAGAACAAGCCCCUCUUCACUCUCAUCUGCUGCCUCUGCUUCUUCUUUCUGGGCUUCCCCAUGAUCACGGAGAGCGGGAUGUACAUGCUACAGCUGGUCGACACGUUUGCUGCGUCUUACUCUCUGGUGAUCAUCGCCAUCUGUGAGCUGCUGGGCGUGUCUUACCUCUACGGUCUGCAGAGGUUUUGUGAGGACAUUGAAAUGAUGAUUGGUUUCCAGCCGAACCGCUUCUGGAGAAUUUGCUGGGCCUUUGUGACUCCGACCAUCCUGACGGGCAUCCUGGGGCUGAGCCUGUACCAGUGGAAGGGCAUGACCUACGAGGACUACACCUACCCCGGCUGGUCCAUGGCGAUGGGCUGGCUCAUGGUCAUCUGCUCCGUCAUCUGGAUCCCCAUCAUGUUCUUCAUCAAGAUGUACCUGGCCCCCGGCUCCUUCUCCGAGCGCCUGAAGCUGGUGUGCUCCCCCCAGCCGGACUGGGGCCCCUUCCUGCAGAAGCACCGCGGGGAGCGCUACAAGAACAUGAUGGACCCCCUGGGGACCAACUCCCUGGGCCUCAAGCUGCCCCCCAAGGACUUCCAGCUGGGGACCUACCAGUAG